AUGAGAAGCAAACCAGCACUCUUCAUGUCUUUGCUAGACGUAAAAAAUAAUGCUACUGAAGCAAGCUACCAAAUUGCUAAUUGCAUUGCAAAACGCGGAAAGCCGUUCACUGACGGAGAGUACAUUAAGGAUGCUUUCCUCUCUUGCUCAGAGGUUUUGUUUGAUGGCUUACCUAACAAGGAGACUAUUAUGUCAAAAAUCAAAGACAUUCCCAUGUCAGCCAGAACUGUUCAGCGACGCAUAGAAGAAAUGGCAGAAAAUGUAAAUGAGCAACAAACAGCUGGAUUGAAGGAUGCAAUGGUAUUUAGUGUUGCACUGGAUGAGAGUGUGGACAUAAAUGACAUACCGCGUUUGGCAGUCAUGGCCAAAUAUUGUGAUUCGAAUGUAAGAGAGGAACUGUGCUGCCUAAAAGCAAUGACUGACACAACAAAAGGUGAAGACAUUGCCAAGGUAUUCGUUGAGCAUUUUGAGGAGCGUGGGGUUGACGUAGGAAGAAUUUUUGCAAUUACAACAGACGGAGCCCCAGCCAUGGUCGGCAAACAGAAAGGAGCUGUCAGAUUAAUUGAGGAAAAAGUGGGUCACCCCAUAAUGAAAUUACACUGCAUAAUACACCAAGAAAACCUCUGUGCAAAAAUGUCAAAUUCAGAUCUUAAUGAAGUUAUGGCUACAGUUGUGAAGAUUGUUAAUUUCAUUGUUAAGCGAUCUUCCCUCACGCACCGACAGUUCCAGUCUCUUCUUGAGGAAAUGGACAGCACAUACAAAGAUAUUCCUCUCCACUCGGCGGUAAGAUGGCUAAGCUGUGGUAAAGUUUUGGAGAGGUUUGUUGGCUGCUUCGACAGUGUUAAAGCCUUCCUUGCCGAAAAAGGCCAAGUCUACAAUGAACUCGACGAUGAGACGUGGGUUUUGAAACUUAUGUUUCUCGCUGAUAUCACAGGCCAUCUAAACGAGCUAAAUCUUCGACUUCAAGGUGCAGAACAAACUAUUUUGAACAUGUUCGAAACAUGGGCUUCCUUUGUUGACAAGCUAACAAUUUUCUCAAGGGAUAUUUCUUCCUCAAAAUUCCAAUAUUUCAAACAUGUACGGGAGCUGUCCGCGCAGCGCAGCAUUAAUACGGGUGAGAUUUCCAAAUACAUUUCCGAACUCGAAUCAGAAUUCAAAACACGAUUUGGGGACUUUAGGAAAUAUGGACCAAUGUUCCCUUUUUUGAUUAAUCCUGAAAGCUUCGAUGGACACGAAUUCGACGAAUCUCUAAUCGGGUGGAUGAAUACACAGGACAUGGAAAUGCAGCUAAUUGAGCUCAAGACUUCAGCACUCUGGAUGACAAAAUUUGCAGAACUUCGCAAAGAGUUGGAAACCACGGCAGGGAACAAUCAAGGAUCUUGCAUUUUUACUUGCUGGGCAUCAUUGCCAGAGAAAUUCUGCUGUCUCAAAAGGCUUGCUUUGGCUUUGCUGACGGUUUUCGGGUCGACAUACCUCUGCGAGCAAAUAUUCUCCCACAUGAACAGUGUCCUUUCCCCCUCUCGAAAUCGCUUGAGCGUUGAUCACUCCGAAGCAUGCGUGCAACUUAAAGUGACGCACUAUACUCCCAAGAUAACAGAGCUCAGCAAAGGAAAACAAGACCAGGGUGCACACUAA